AUGGCCAAAGCCUUCGACCUGAUCGUGCUAGGUGGUGGCUCCGGUGGCCUAGAAGCGGCGUGGAAUGCUGCUACAGAGUACAAGAAAAAGGCGUUGGUGAUCAACACGCAAACGUAUCACGGUCCGCCGAACUUCUCCGCUCUCGGUGGCACCUGCGUCAACGUCGGCUGCGUUCCCAAAAAGCUCAUGGUUACGGGAGCCGGGUAUAAAGACAGCAUCCGCGAGGCCGCGGGGUUUGGCUGGGAACUGAACCGGACCACCCUUCAGCCGGACUGGAGUAAGCUCAUCGCCGCGAAAAACAAAGCGAUAACGGAAAUCAACGAGAGCUACCUUGGAAUGUUUAAGGAUACGGAGUUGCUGAGCUUCCAGGAGGGUUUUGGGAUUCUAACCGACGCGAAUACGGUGGUGGUGCACGAAACGCCCGAUCCGAGUAGCAAGGUGGUGGGGACCUUCACGACGGACUACUUCCUCCUCGCGACAGGGUCCUGGCCGCAGCGGCUUGGUAUUCCAGGCGACGAGCACUGCAUCACCAGCAACGAGGCCUUCUACCUCCCCGAAGUGCCUAAACGCGUGCUUUGUAUCGGUGGCGGCUACAUCUCGCUCGAGUUCGCCGGCAUCUUCAACGGAUACAAACCCGCGGACGGCAAGGUAACGGUCUGCUACCGCGGCGAGUACGUCCUCCGCGGCUUCGAUCUGACGCUGCGCAUGGCUUUGAUGAAGCAGAUGGAGGCAAACGGGAUCGAGAUUCUCACCAAAGAGAACCCCGCGCGUAUCACCCUCAAUGAAGACGGCUCCAAACACGUCGUGUUCGAGAGUGGGAAGGAGGCCGACUACGACGUGGUCUUUCAGGCGAUUGGGCGCCGGCCCGCGACGACCUCGCUGGGUUUAGAGGCCGUCGGCGUGCAGCUCGCGAAGAACGGCGCGGUGCGGGUUGACAAGCAUUCGAAGACGAACCUACCCAACAUCUACGCAGUCGGCGACGUAACGGACCGGAUUAUGCUCACUCCCGUUGCGAUCAAGGAGGCGUUUAUGGUAAUCAACGCCAUCUUUGGCGGAAGCCGAGAUGUUGUGGACCACUCGAACGUCGCCUGCGCGGUCUUUUCGAUCCCGCCGAUCGGAAGCUGCGGUCUAAUCGAGGAAAAGGCGGCGGAUAAGUACGCGAAGGUGGCCGUAUACGAAUCUCAAUUCACACCCCUCAUGCACAAAAUCAGUGGCUCGACCUACAAGCAGUUUAUCGCGCGCAUCGUUACGGACCAUGAAACCGGGCUGGUGGUAGGUGUGCAUCUACUCGGAGAGAGCAGUCCGGAGAUUAUCCAGGCGGUUGGGAUUUGCAUGAAAAUGGGGGCCAAGAUUAGUGACUUUUACAACACGAUCUGCGUACAUCCAACCAGCGCUGAAGAGCUGUGUUCGAUGCGUACCCCAUCGUACUUCUAUGCUAACGGGAAACGCGUGCAGAGUCUGGAAAGCAACUUGUAA